AUGGGUCGAAUGGGCCCAAUUAUAGCCAUCAGUGUGGCUUUGAGAUGGCUCCUACCUACAGUUUUGCCUAAUAUACCUUUUAAUUUAUCAACGACAGUUGAAGUUUGCACACCAAUAAAUUCAUUUAAAACGUUGCAAGAAGCGUUUUACUACCUAAAUCAUGGUAUAAACUUAUAUGAUGGGGGAAAUAUUGCACAUCCUCCAUUGCUAGUCAUGUUUUUGAAUAUAUUUAACGAUUUGCCAGAGCCUUUGGCUGGAAUGACGUUUAAUUUGAUAUACACGUUAGUUGAUAUAAACAUUGCAUACAAUUUUAUAGCAUUGAACAAGUGGUAUUGUCAACAUAAUAGUGAAAGAACUGGAAAGUCAUUGAAAGGAUAUGAUGACAGCUUGAUCGCAAGUUUCUACUUGUUCAACCCACUCGUCAUUCUUAUCAAUUUGUCACAUUCAACUUUAGUGUUUGGGUUGUUCUUACUAAGUGUAUCUUUGGUUCAGGCUACGAAAUAUUCCAACUUGGUUAGAUCUAUGAUGGCUUUGUCUAUCUCAGGGUAUCUUUCAUUGAACCUCAACUUCUUGAUACUACCGAUCCUCGGGUUGUACGUUGCAAACACCCGCAAAAGUUGGAAACUGGUAUGUGUUACGGGAAUCGCUUCGUACCUUAUCACAACUUCUAUACUACUUUGGUCCUCAUAUUUUGCCACAUCCUCAUGGUCAUUUUUAAACCUGUGCUACGGAACGGUUAUCAAAUUCGACAAGAUUUCACCAAAUUUGGGUCUUUGGUGGUACAUGUUCACGGAAAUGUUUGACUUCUUUACGCCAUUUUAUCUUGGGGUAUUCAAUAUCUUUUCAGUCAUCUUUAUCGCACCUUUUACCGUUAGGUUAUUCGAAUUCCAAAACAAAGAUCAUACGCUGGUAUUAGGUGACUCUUUUCUAGCUGUCGUGCUUUCAUACCUUUGGUUAUCCUUCACAAAGUCAUAUUCCACCGUUGGUGAUCUUGCUUUUGCACUUUCGCUCAUACCUAUUUUCAAAAGUACCUUUUUACAAUAUUGUCGCUUCAUCUACAUUACAGGACUCACCCUUCUCGUGUGUCUCUUGCUCACUCCAAUUUUUUACUACUCUUGGAUUGUCUUGGGCAAUGGAAACUCAAACUUCUUUUACAGUCUUAAUUUGAUAUGGGGAGCUGUUCAUGCCUUGACUAUGAUCGACCAGAUUUGGGCUCGUGUGACUUACGACUACAUUCUUGAUAAUAAUAUCUCCGACGACAAGAUACCAACCCUUAGAUUGACCCAAAUCUAG